AUGUCCAGAUACUCAUUAAGAUGCAUCGGUCGGAUUAUGCAGAGAAACAGUUGAGAAUUAUGCAGCAAGUUGAUGAAGAUCAUAUACUAACUCAACUUGCAAAUGCAUGGUUAAACUUGGCACUGGGUGGAUCAAAAAUACAAGAAGCAUUUCUUAUAUUCCAAGACUUCUCUGAGAAGUAUGAGAUGACUAGCUUAAUCCUGAAUGGGAAUCUGUUUGUUGCAUGCACAUGGGUAACUUUGACGAAGAUGAGACGCUGUUGCUUGAAGCCUUAAACAAGGACGCUCAGGAUCCAGAAACACUGGCCAAUCUGGUUGUAUGCAGUCUUCACCUUGGGAAACCAUCCACACACUAUCUCAACCAGUUGAAAUUGUCGAACCGAGACCACACACUUGUCAAGCGCACGACAUCUGCUGAAGAAAGUUUUGAUAGAGCAGUCCAAACUGUUGCUUGAAGAAAGAUUGCUGCAUGUUGUUGCUUGAUUUUCCCUACUAAUGAGUUCAACAAGCAAAUGUGGAAGCUAUCUUUUGUAGUGUUAUUUUUGUUGCUAGUUCAUUUGGUAUUCUCAUUGGACAAUUUAAAGACUGGCAUGUCAAUAUAAAACAUUUACCUGCAACUUUUAUAAUUAG